AUGGCGGACCGACACUCGGAUUCAAGUUACGAUGGUAAAAUUGAAGAAGCACACGUGGCUAUGAAGAUGGACGCUAAAUCAAUCAAUCAACUCUCUUCUUCCGGCAAAGCUGCACAGCAGAACAGGGGGAAGAAGUCUAUUUUGAGCCUCCAGAAUGCAGUAGAAGACUUUAAACGGAAGGAGGAGCAAAGUGGUGAGGGAAGCAGGCGUGCAGGUCAAGGGCAGUGA